AUGUCAGGUCGCGUUCAAAAAUCGGUUUCCAACGAAAGUCGGCGCGCUCAAAUCAAGCGUAAUCGUCAGGCUCUAGGAAUUCUUGUCGAGCAUCGUGGUUACGACGCAAUGCCUUGCUCGCCUUGUUUUCAGCAUCAUCGUGUGUGCAAGAUGGAUCUCGCCAAUUCGAAGCGUUGUAGUGAGUGUGUGGCACGGGGUCUAACGGGUUGUGAUGGUGGUGAUGUGGCAAAUGCCCUGAAUCGUUGUUUCCGGGAGCAGAAGAAGGUUGAGCAGGAGGAACAGGAGGCCGAGGAGGCCCUCGAGAUCCUGCAGACUCAGCUUGCCGCUGCUCUAGGUCGUUUGUCUCGUCUUCGCAAACAGAAGAGGUUUCUUAAGGAGCGUGGUUCUGAUCUAAUUCGUCGAGGUAUGCAGUCUGUUGAUGAGUGGGAGGAGGAGGAACGUGUUGUAGCGGCGCAGGAAGCGGCAGUCCUCAAGGAUCUCAAUUCCUGGGGUGCCGGGGAUUCUGGUGACUGGGGUUCCUUCGGUGUUGGCCUUGUCGAGGCGGAUUUCCUUGGUCCAGGCGUUCCUGGUUCCAGUACCGCUGGAGUUCUUCCUGAGCGUGUUCCAGGUUCUUAG